GAACUGUGCACCGUGGAAUCCAAUAGUCUGUUGCUGACAAUCGUUCCUGCGAAACACGGCUAUAUGAAAAACCCAUAAACUGCAUAAAGCAUGCUGGGAACACGACAGAUAGGAUAUACGGGAAAAUUCUCCAUUGGCGCGCCUGGCUAAAUCUGGCUAACAGCCGCACAAAGGCCUUCAGGAAAGAACUUCAAAGAAGAUCACGAAAGUCGGACAUGUCGAAUGAUUUCGGAAAUGUGUCCCAAGGAACAUCGUGUAUUCCCGAAUUGUUUGUCGAAGAACUGCUGCGAACAGCAUCACGAAAUACUGAAGCAAAAUUGUCAGUGGCAUCUGUUCAGAAAGCCAGCGUGAGGAUCCUCGACCUAUUCGUCCAGCUGGCUGCAGAGCCUCAUUCUAAGGAUAAGCUUUCUGAAUUACUUGAAAACACGUCUGGAAGAGGUGAUGUAGUGCUCUCUGCGGUGGCUAAAGAUGCUGCGGAACGACUGCGCUAUCUGCAGAAAACUUGUCAGGAAAUCUUUCGAGAGCCAAAUCUGUCCACUGAAAAUAUCUGCAGUUUUUUGGAAGAAAAGAAGGAGACCAUAACGAAAAAAGAAGCCCAUCUCGCUGAAGUUAUUACGAAGCAUGAUCAAAUGGUGCAGGGAAAUAUUUAUUUAGUGCAGUCCACAGCAAAGUCACUGGCUGAAACCGCAGGGAAAAAUCAGCUGGACCAGGCCAGAGAUUCCGGUGAUGAAGCAUUUUCUGCAACACUUGAAAUGUGCCAAAAGUUGGAAACGUCGCAGCUCCAACGUGCCAAAUGGACUUUGAUGGAGAAAUUCUAUACCCCCGAGAAAAUCACAGAGUUACGCUUGGUUUACGAGGAAUUGAUGAGAAUGAAAACGGAUCUGGAGGGCGAUAUUGAUGCCACCUUAGCGAAAAAAGAGGAAUAUGAAUCUCUUGGAGCGGAGUUUCGGCAGUUGGCUGUUCGCUAUGGUAAAAUUUUGCGGGACAUCGAAGUGAAAGAAAGAAUGCUUUCUCAAACUCUUUCACCCUAACUGAGCGGUACGAGUACGAGCAGCACAAAGUGCAAGGAAAUACGUUGCCUACACCGAAUUCUCCUUUUAGAAUUUCUACUAUUUCAGAAUUUCGUGACAAUUUUUGCUUACUAUUUUCUGUUUUCGGCUAUGGUAAAAAGUUAAACGGAGUUCUGUAGCUUGCAGUUGUAUACUUCAUGUGAAUUUUUUGAAGUAAUAAAAUUUGGAGCCUUA